ACGUGACCCAAAUGCUGCGUUUAUUUCUGCCUGGAAGCGUCUAAAAAUUAGCUAGUUUGCUAUUCAUCUCUGUGCAGCUGAACGAACGGUGUAUUAUCCCUCCUCCGCUGCACAAACCGAGAGUAGCGUGACUAGUCAUUUAUUUUAAUUUCAGGAAGAAGGUAGUUCAUGUCAUAACCUGUCUAUGUAAAUGUUUUGGUCGUGGAUGUCGGGAUGAUGGGAAGAACAGACGGUUCGCCCGUUAAGCUGUGCGAAAAUAUGAAUGAUGCGGACGCAGCCUCAAGGAAGCACGCGAGUUCCCGGGAGCUCCAGACUCCCAAGAAUGAGGACGCCUAUGAAAUCUCCAUUCCUUUCGAAGACAACAACUUCGAUCAGCAGGGAGGCUUUUACAACCAGAAUGACCAGAACUUUGAUGGUAGCGAUCCUCCAGCACCGAGCAGCUCGUACCUGUUAAUCACUAACUUGCGCACGCAACUCCAGAUCUCACUGGAGAAAAAUUCAUGGCUGCAGAAACGCAUUGAGGACCUGGAGGAGGAGAGGGACUUCUUGCGCUGCCAGCUCGAUCGGUUCAUCUUCUCGACCAAGAGUCAGGAAAGCAACGGUAAUGAUUCCAGGAGUUUUUCUUGGAGAAGGAGAAGAGAAAAUGAUCGGGAUCAACAAGUGGAGAGCCAGCGUUCAGCCAACCGUCAGUCAUUCCAGCAGAGGCCAACCCAACAGACUUCAGCCAAUCCCAAGGCCCUGAGCUCUGUUCCUGGUCCAGUCAAUGCUCAGAUAAAUUCCUUGUAUGGGUCUCCCCACCCCCAGCCUCUCUUACAGGGCCACGGCGGAGGCAGCACCAGCAGCAGCUGUAGUAGCAACAACAGGUCCCUCAAUGAACUGCAAGAAUCCCUCACUCUUCUGGGAGAUGAAGAAGAGGAUGACUACCUUGAGGAUAGCUACCUGGAAGAAGAGGAAAUGAUGUCAGGAGAGGAUGUGAUAACAGAUAACAUGUCACUUCGAAAUAUCGGCACAGCUGGAAGACCCGCCGGCAGUCACCCGGCUCUGAAGAGGCGGAGGGUUUUCAGAAUCGCCAGAGGGAGAGAAAGACAGAGAGUGAAAGAUGCAGCAGGUGUGCUGUUCCGUUAUAAAAAGAUCCUGGUAACGUACCAGAGGUUAAAGAACAUGUCCAAGGCCUUCCAGAUCCACGGAGUAGAUCGUAAUACGGUGGCCUCUACCACACCCAUUGCUGAGCUUCUGCUGGUGGCUCCAGAGAAGGUGGCUGAGGUGGGUGAGUUUGACCCGUCUAAAGAAAAGCUUCUGGACUACGCCCGACGCUGUUAUAUCGCCCUCGACCCCCAGACUCUCAGCAAAGUGCAAGCACUUAAGAAAAACAACCUCCUCCUGCCCAUCUCAUACAGGUUGAAAGGAACGGAUAAUCGAUAAUUGGAAGAAUUAAUGAGGUGAUUCUUAUCCUACUAUGCAGUGAAACCCUUCACUGUAUUUUAAUGUAACAUACGCCACACAUCUCCCAUCUCAACCUUCACAUUGUGCUGUUCAGAUCCACUGUACUCUGAACCAAGUGUACUAUUACCUCUGUUCACUCACGCUCGAAGCUGCGGGUGGGAUGCACACUUAAGCUUUCAGGUUUGGUAUAUUAAAAGAGAACUUGCUUCUCAAACCCAUUUUACACCAUCCUUUCAUAUCGGAAUUUUUAGUAUCGUUUAAUAUUGUCGCUUUACUUUCCAUUCUUUGUGAUGUGUAGCUCUAUAACAGUGUGUGUUGCUCAGAAGAUCUGUUGGGUCUUUAGGUCCGCUCAGUUGUCCCAAGCGUGUGUCCUGAUUCUCCGUGUCUCAUAGCAGUUACUUGACAGCCUGAAAGACUUUUGAAAUAGAGGUUCUUCUAAAAAAUGGUGCACGCGUAGACCCAUGCACUCCUCCUAUUUUAACACUGUGCUACUCUUUGCAAGCGGCACCCGUACGUUCUCAGUAGAACCUUUUUGGAUAUGAUUUGUGGAGUGUUUGUGCAUGUGUCUCCCUUAAUCAUGGCCUGUCUCCUAUUAGAUGACACUGACUGUUCAGCAUGUGCAAAGUUUUAUAUAGUGUAAAUCAGUGAUACUACAUGUUAAAACAGCUGGUAAUAGUACUAGUCUGGUCUAGUCUAGUACAGCGUAGUGCAGAUGAUAAUGUUAGGAGAGGAAAUGAGUGCAGAGAUGUCCCUGUUCUACCUGGUGCUGAAGUUCUCAUGAGAGUGUGUGUGUGUGAGUGUGUGUGUGUGUGUGGAUUUCACCGUCUAUGUCUGGAUGCAUGUUGGAUGUUUGUUAACGUGUGGCACGCUUGAGGUUAGACUACUCAUGGCUCUUUCGAGCACAUAUUGAAACCUCCAGUGGCUAAUAAAAAACAGCAAGUUUCUCUUUAUAUCACAAUUUUCUUCUUCCUUACCAUCAGAUAAUAUUUGUUAACAUUAGUUAAUACAUUAGAUAUCAUAAACUAAAAUGAAGAACAUUUACUAUUGUUCAGUGUUGGUUUAUUCCCGUUUAUACCCAUGAAAAAUAAAUAUACUACGAUGCAUUUAAAAUGCAAUUAUUUCAUGCUAAGUGUACCAAAUAUACUUAUAUAUUAUAAAUAUUACAUAUUUAUGUAAGUAUACUUAAAGUCUGCUGAAACGCAACAACUCAUUUUGUGCUUAAUGUAAUUGUCCGGUCUAAGUAAAGAUAUAAUGAAGUAUAUUUGAUUGCAAAAUUGCGGUACGCUUUAAAUAUCUUUUAUUUAAAUACCAAUAUUAAGAGCAUACAAUCUUAAAUAGUGACGUUAAAAGAAGUUUAAGCUUAAUGUUAAGAAAUGUGAGUUGUACAGCAGUAGUACUCCAAAAAGAGUUUAAUUCUAAUUUUUAUAUCAGCGUCUUGAGUGAUGUGUCAGUAAAUAUAUGUAUAGAUUUGGACUAUACUAAGAAUGAAAUAAAUGUAUUUUAAAUAGCACUUUUUACUAGGGUGAUAUAUUAUUUAUAAAACCUGAAAUUCAAAAAAACUAAACAAAAAAUGAUUCUACGUAUAAAUGAACACUAACCUGAAUUUAAUGUUAAAUGUAUUUUUUUUGUUAGUUCAUGAUACUUAAUUAACUAAUGUUAACAAAUCAAACCCAAUUGAGAAGAGUUACUGUAUUUGCAUUAUCUUGUACUUUCAUUGUCAUUUUCCUGUCUGCUACUAUUAAUUACGGGUCAGGGCUGAAGGUGAUUUGAAUUUCACCUCAGGAACCAAUCAUUUCCAGUACAGGUUAGUUUAUCGCAAAACCAUUUUCCACUGUUGUGGUUUUUUUUUUUUUUUCCUCUCCAUAUAACCAAGAAGCUGUUUAUAUAGCCUGUACUAUUUUGUCACUAAAAGAAACAUUAAUGAAAUGUUCAUUGAUUCUUCAUAUUGUAAAUCACACUAAAGCAUUUGAUUUCCUACUGAAUCCUGUGCCACUCCGCUCUUUAAUUCUGAUUCUUCUUAAGGUCUUGUUAUCUAAUAGCAUUCCCAUAAUUUGUCAUAAUGCACUUAAGACUAAAACCCCAUCUGCUAAAUAAUGACAUGUUCUUUGAGGAAACUAAUUAUCUGUUUAUUUUUAAAGCACAUUACAGUCAUAUGCUAAUCGGUUUGAACAGGAAGCAAAGAUGGAAUUGUUCCAUAAAAAACAUAAUACUUUUAGCAUUUAUGUUAAAAACAACCUAUAUUAUGUACAUUGGGUAUUGUACACUUUUUGGUCCUAAAAAGUAGCCAUCUAUAAUUCUUGAUCCUAAAUAAAAUUUGCACUUUGUUGAAGUCUA